UGAUCAUUUAAAUCGACAUGAUAUACGAAUAAAAAAGGGUCUUAGGAGUACCUCUUUUUUCUCGUAAUUCCAAGGAAUUUUUUAUACAAAUGUUAGUUCAGUGGUCAAUUGUGUAUUGUCUGUGCAUUUCAACAAGUGUGAUUGCAUUUAAACUGACAGAUAGCGACUAGCAACUGAACAAUGUACUAGUAAGCUCUCGGGUCAAACAGGGGUUGUUGGGAAAAAGGAGAAAUCCAUUUGCAAAUACGACCACUCGAAGAAACCCGAAACCUUUACGACGUUUGAGCAUUCCGUUCGUGUUUAUCAGAGGAUAGACAUCCGGAAUAGUGGGUUGUUUUUUUUAAAAUAAGGAUAGUGUUUUUGGAUAUGAGGGAUAUUUCAAUGUCGCUAACACGAUCACGAAUUAAAACACCUCGACCUAAAACGGGAAGGACAAGAAGAAUAAAAAAUGAGCAAAAGGAAGAGGAACAAGAAUCCCCAGUGCCAAUAAUGAAGGAAAAAGGUGACCACAAAACAGUGAAGGAUAAGAAGGAUCAUCACCACCACCACAAGGAUAAACACCCACAUCCCGAGGAUCACCACAAGGCCCCUCACCAUGGCGACGGACACGGAAAAGGGGCAAAUACGAGUCCCGCGCAUGCGGCUUACACGGGACGCCAGAGGACUUUCUCACACAGGGAUACCUCGCAUUCGAUCUCUUCCAGUAAAGGCCAUGCCAAGCACCCCACUAAAGACCACGACCGCCAUAGCGUGGCUACUUCCGGUGACCAGUUGCCACAACUAGAUGUCAAGUAUGAAAAUACCUACAAAAUGAGCCCCGAUGCCAAAUUCAGGGAAUCGUCUAUACGAAGCAUUAUAUCGGAGGUUUUAGAAGAAAAUAUCAAAUCCAUAACAACCUACGAUUCUCCAGUUUUAGGGGGAAAAUGCAAAUUAGCCUGUGAUGUCAUCAAAGAAAGAGUAAAGCAGCUGAACAUUACUCGGUACAAGAUAAUCGCUUCUGUGAUUGCGGCUCAGAAAGGAAGCCAAAGUAUGGUAGUGACGUCACGAUGCCUUUGGGACCAAAAGAACGAUAACUAUGUUUCAGUUAAAGUAGAAUUGGGUGAAUUCUAUGUCGUAGGAACGGUUUACGUGGUAUACGCAGAGUAAUGUGUUCAUGUAGCUCCUUAACAAUUGCUUGCAUAGACAUAUAACGCAUUCUACGAGUACUUGUAUUUAUUGAAAGUGCUAUUUGUUUGAAUUUUCUAUAAAAUGCCAAAAAAAGGAUCCCGGUUUCGUUAAAAUUAUAAUAAAAAAAGGCGAGGAGA